AUAAGUUCUCAAUUAUUUGUAGCAGAAAAUAAAAAAUCAACAAUGGCGUUGUGGGUUGCAGUUCUUUGUAUCGUGGUCAUGGCACUAAGUCAAGUUCAUCCCUCUCAUGCUCAAAACUCACAGCAAGACUUCCUCAACGCACACAACGCGGCGCGAGCGCAAGUCAACGUGCCGGAUAUCGUGUGGGACAACGCCGUAGCGGCGUAUGCUCAAAACUACGCCAACUCGAGAAUUGGUGACUGCAAUUUGGUGCAUUCGAAUUCCAAUGGGACUUACGGCGAGAACUUGGCUAAAGGGAGUGGCUCGUUCACGGGCGUGGCGGCUGUGAACUUGUGGGUGGCGGAGAAGCCUAACUACGAUUACAACUCUAAUUCUUGUGUUGGUGGGCAGCAAUGCUUGCAUUACACGCAAGUGAUUUGGAAGAACUCGGUUAAGUUGGGGUGUGCUAGGGUUCAGUGUACCAAUGGGUGGUGGUUUGUGACUUGCAACUAUUCCCCACCUGGAAACUACGUUGGGCAACGUCCUUAUUGAUUAAGGAAAGCUUAAUCCAAAUUAUGGCAUGCAUGGCUGCCAAUUAAUUGGUAAUUUUAACUAAUUAUGAUCAAACCAUAAAAAUAAUGAGGAUUGAUCCCUUGAAGCUUUUGAUGAAAUAAAAUAAGAGACGGUGGACUCUUUGCUUUUGGUCACCAAGGGUAUUUAUGUAAAUUUGUUUCGUUUCCUAGCAUGUCUAGUGCCUUGAUAUUGUUCAUAUAGAUCAUGCUUGCUCUUGUAGUUAAGCAAUAUUUCUGACUAAUAUUGCGGGGUUCCACUACAGUGA